AUGGAAGCCUCGGCAGAGCCUGUGUUCUAUCAAAAGCUGCAAAUCUGGGAGCCAAACAUGGAGUCAGAGGAGGAGGAGGAGGAGGAAGAGGAGGAGACAUCAGAGUCCCUGGUUCUCUACCUCAGGAGGCCCCUGGAUGCCCCUGGGAACAAGGUUGAUGGGCUUCCCGGAGCCUGGGCCCGGCUAGUGGCAGCUCUGCUGCUGCUGGCUCUUAGCUGCUCCCUGGCUGUGAGGCAGCUCCAACGGAGGGGCAGCUUGACGGGAAGGUUUGGCUCGGUGGCGGCCCCUCCAACCAGCGUACACUCCCAUCCCACUGGAGUAUACCAUCAUGGUGCCAUCAUCAGCCCUGCAGCCACGUGCUCCCAACUGGGCCAAGAGCUACUUGCUGCUGGGGGCAAUGUCGUGGAUGCUGGAGUUGGAGCCUCUCUGUGCCUGGCAGUGGUGCACCCUCAUGCCACAGGGCUAGGUGCCAUGUUCUGGGGCCUCUUCCACAAUAGCUCCUCAGCAAACACAACAGCUCUGAUGUCAGGCCCAGCCCAGACCCUGGCCCCUGGCCUGGGGCUGCCCACUGCUCUGCCUGCCCUGCAUUUGCUUCAUGCACACUUCGGCCACCUGCCUUGGUCACACCUGCUGAUGGGUCCGACCAUGCUGGCUCGAGAAGGCUUCCUGGUGGACGAACCCCUGGCCAGGGCUCUAGCAACCCAGGGCACAAAGGGCCUGUGUCCACUGUUCUGCCAUGCUGAUGGGACCCCCCUGGGCCUUGGGGACCGAGCCACCAACCCAAAGCUGGCAGCUGUGCUAGGCAGGGCAGCACUCACCCCUACUCCAGCCCUUGCUGGAGAUGAACUACUGAGUCUGCUGGCCAGAGAUCUGGGGCUGGAGGAAACCUCAGCUAGGCCCAUGCCCACCUUGGUGCCAGCACUGCAGUUUUCUAUGGCCCAAGGCACUCUAUUCACCACCCCUGGUCCCUCAGCUGGCCCAGAACUGUUGGCACUACUGAAGGCAGCCCUGCACUCUGGAGAACCCCACCCUGACCCCUGCCCACCCCUCCUGCAAACUGCUGCGACCCCUGUGAGUAGCAUCCUGGCCACUGUGGACAGCAGCGGCGCUAUGCUCCUUCUCACCUCCUCACUCAACAGCUCCUUUGGGUCUGGACAUGUGUCUCCAAGCAGUGGGGUUCUGCUUAGCGAUCUGGUGGACAGGUCUGCAACUAGUGCCUGGGCCUGCCCCCUCAUUCUCCGUGUCAGUCCGGAUGACACAGAAGCUGAUGUGAUGGGACUGGUGGCCUCAGGAAACCCCAAGAUGGCCAGAGCCAUGACUCAUGCCUUGCUCAGCCAUCUCACAAGGCCGCAAACCCAUACCCAACACCAGCAGCAGCCCCAACAAGGACCAACAGAGAGUUCCAGCACUUGUGGCCAAGGGACCCUACUCCAGGUGGCCACCCAUGCAGAACACUCCCAUGUCUCCAGUGUCCCUAGUGGCUGCUGCCCCUUCGAGGGGUUCUAA